CCGAUGCCCGUCUCGCAGGUUACUCGGAACUCUUCCUUAGCGGCGCCAUCGAGAUGGGCCCGCGCAGUGACGACGGGUACCGCCAGCGCGGCCUUAUCUACACUCUCUUCGGCAAGUUUGACUUGGCCUUGGUCGACUACGACCGCGUCGUCGAGCUCGAGUCGCGGCAGCUUACGCACGUCAAGCUCGAGUCGCUGCUCCAGCGCGCCGAGACGCUCAUGCAGUUCGUCGAGAACGAAGAGAACGGCUUUUUGCUGCAUCAAAUGAAGGACUCGGCGCUCCUCUCGGCCGAGAACGGCCACGACCGCGCCAGCUUCAACGUGGUCGCCGCACGCGGCGAUACCUACAUCCGCGCCGGUGCGCUCACCAACGCGCUCGCUGACUUGGACGCGGCGCUCUUGACCGACGCCAAGGACAACCGGGUCAUUGCGUUGGCGCCGCCACUGAUUGCGACCCAAGGCCUCUUUCGCGGCGCGCGACUGUAA